AUGCCCUGGAAUCCACGUCAACCCAGUAUCUUUCACGAUGAGUCAUGGCCUACACCAUGGCGUUCAUCUGAAUUCCCACCCGAAGAAACUUUUGUCGAACGAAUCAAUCGACAGCAUGCAAAUCCCGAGUGGGAGUCUGUACCGCACUUCUUAUACUACGAGUCUGGUAGGAGUGGGGGUUGGCCAUGGGGAUGGGCCAUCUAUCGUACCUCCUAUCUCAACACUUCCGAUCAAGACUGGACUAGAGCUAUUGAAAAGCUCGACGAGGCCUGUAUGGCUGACCUGGAGUUUUACGAGCGCAGCUGGCACCGAUUCGACCUCAAAUGCGUUGAAAUGGUCCGCGAGGGUUAUCGGAAUGUUAUCUUUGAAGACCCCGCGUUAGAGGGCGCGUCGGAAGCCGUUAUCCAACGUCGACAUAAUGCGGCGCCUAGAAAGCCAUCUGUUAUCGAACAGGGGCUACCAUGGCCAAAGAUUAACGAUAAACCGGGGGGGAUGGUCGGUUACGUUAACUUUAUCGACUCUCACUUCCGCCCCGAAGACCCGGAAAAUGAAUAUGGAGAGUACUACCGUGGAUUGGUCCGUGUUCAUUUGGAUUGUUUAGCCCAAUUCGGUCUCUUUUGCGAGGAUCUUGAGACUGGAGAGCAGGGAUGGGGUGAAUAUGGGAUGGACACACCUGACUAUGUAUUUUAUACAGAUGGCCAUUGCUCAAAGCCUGAGUUGAAAGAAAUGUUUCUUUCUUCCCCAGAUAGAAACGUUAAGAGAACUGCGAGUGUGACUGAGCUCGAGUAUAUCGAGCGCCAGGAUAUGGAGAACUUAGCAUUGAGUAAUGUGCCGGGUUCUACCUAA